UUCAGAUUCAGAUCAACGUUUGGUUUUGAAAGUGUUACUAAAGAAAUUGCAACAAAUUUGUUAAAUGUAAAAAAACGAUUAAUUGAUUGAAUGAAUCCUGAUCAGCAAUACAACAAAACAAUUUGUCAGUCAUAAUUGUCAAUCAGCUGAUGUUGACACACAUCAGCUACAGCAGCGGUCAUUUUAAAACUCCCUAAACUACACUGAACAAAAAGUCAACAUGUAAUUGAUUAAACUUAAUAAAAACCAGCAAUAAAAACCAAUAAUAAAUAAUAUCUGCACAUUUUUUUUAUUAAGACAAUACAUAAUAACAAAUUAUUGUUGUCUCAAAAGACACUGACAACAUUUAAUUAAAACAAUGAAGUAAUGAAAUUCAUUUUAAUAAACAACAAUACUGCAAUAAAAACAAAAACUAAUAUUCAUCAUCAUAAUUAACCGCAAAGAAACAAAGAAGGAGUCAAAAAACUUAAAAGAAGGAGAGAGUAACACUUUUAAACCAUAAUAAUAAAAAAAAGUAAACAAACCAACACACAUUUGUCAUUUGUCACUUUUUAACACUUCAAGUAACAAAUCAAAACGAAAUAACGACUACAGCGGCAUAACUACUGGCGUUAAAGUCUUCUUCAUAUUUGGCUGCUGUUCAUAAUGUUAAACAAUUUUUAAUAAUUACAGCAAUUAUUAAUUAUAAUUAACAACUACUACUACAUGAUUUUUGUUUAACAUACAAGCUGUGUUUUGAUAUUCAUUUGCAAUUCUUUUUAAACAUCAAAAUUGCUUUUGGGCAAAUUUGUUUGCAAAAAAAAAAAAAUAUAAUUUUUUUAAACAACCAUACUGUGAUAUCAAAAACCAAAAGAUGAAGUCGUUGGCCUUAAACUUGUUAAAAACUUUACUUCUACUAAUAUUUGGCGUAGUGUUGGCAGCAGCCACUAACAGCAGCAGAAGCUCAUCUUCAGCAGCGGCAACAGCAACAGCUACAUCUUCAGCCAAAACAUUAAUUAACUUGGCGAAUAGAAGAGCAUUACCAACAACAACAGCAAUACCACCAUCAUUACAGGCGCCACCACAUUUACAACUAAGACGUCAUACUUUACCUGCCACAGCGGCAACAACAACAACGACAACAGCAAAAACUACAAUACAAAUGGCAAGUGCGAGUGGUAGUAGUAGUAGGCAACGUUUGCCUUUAGCAAGGCACGCGGCCAAACAAAUUACAACAACGACAACAGCAACAACAAAACCAACGACAUCAAUUAUGACCAACUCAAGAAGAAAACCCAUCAUAAGCGAAACAUCCACAUUAGAUUCGACAAGACAAGUGCGGCAUAUUGAUGCCACAACAGCAUCGACAGCAUCGACACCAGUGUCAGUGAGGAAUGGUGGUGCUGGAGUACGACAACAACGUAGUUUUCAUAGUAAUGGUGCCCAACCUUAUGAAGACACAGAAACGAAACGUAAAUAUAAAACUGUAGAACGUAGACAAUAUACACGUUCCUAUAACAGCCCCUCAACGACAACAACAACAACCAGAAAACCACAACAACAUUUGAGUGCCUUAAGACAAAGAACUGCUACACUCUAUGAUGGUUCCAAUACAUCUCGUCAAUCCAAACUAUCGUCAUUACCGUUACAUGACGAUGAUCUUAAGACAACAAAAACAACAACGACGACAGCAGCAUCAACAUCCUCAACCUCAGAUGCAACAGCCAGCAACCAUGGCAACGCAAAACUGACAACUCUGCACAAUCAGCAGACACCAAAAACACCUCGCAUGAUACAACGUCUAGUUGCUGGUCAUAUACAAAAUGCUGAAGGCCGUUCCACCUAUCAAGUAUCGGCUGUAACUAGCAAUAGCACCAUAACCAAUUCAACAACGGCGACAAAAAUUUCCUCAACAAAUUCUACACCAGCAAGACAUGCACUCAUGAGUAGCAGUUACAGAAGUUCACAAUUAAAUGCCAACAUAAGAGUGGCCUCAACCACUGCUUCGACCACCACAACGACAUCUACAUCCAAGUCCGGUGAAACUUUAAUUGAUUCCAACCAUGAUGUAGACUAUCACGAUGAUGAUGAGGCUCUGCUAGAUGAUCCUGGGGAUUUUGACAAUUGGGAUAAUGGUAUUUUAAGAUUAAGUGCCGGAUCGGGUAAGGAAAAUAAUUUGAAACCUAAAAAGGUUAAAGAGGAAGCCAAGAAAACAUUGUCCGAUCAAGUACGGGAUGGUAAAUAUGGUUUAAUAGAAAAGGAAUUAUUUAGAAGAACACCCAAGAGACCGGGUGUCUUAAGUUAUUUGCCCAAUAAAGAAGUACCCGAGGAUAAUGAACGUAAUUUUGGAGGCCUUAAUGAGGAGGAUAUAUGGUUAGCUGAAGACCAUUUGCUGGUCAUUAAAGGUGGCAGCCUUAAUGAGGACAAUCCCGAGGAACCCUGGCCGGCUAUAGAUGAUUAUAAUGCAGCUGGUAGGCAAAUUAAAAUUCCCAGUAAUCCCAAAGUUCCGCCACCCUUUCCUGUCCAGCUCGAAGAAAACGGCCCCGUACAGCUUAUCGGAAAUAAUAAACUCACGAUCGUCUAUCCGCUCUCUAACGAAUCGUUACCAGUUUAUACCAUCGGCACGCAAACCCACAACACGCCGUCCACGGAUGCUAGUGACGACGAGAAAAAUCUUAUUACCCGGCCGGGAAAGGCUAAAAAUGCUCAAGAGAACGAGCCUGGUUACAACUACCCGUCGCCCGCGUUACCGUGGCUCUAUAACAACCAAACGCUUGCGAAUCCAUCAGUGAGUGAAGGUGAUAAGCCAGUUAAUUUCCCUGUAUUAGGACCUUUUCUCUAUGGACGCAAUGGUUCUUUGGAUAAUAUUAAUGGCACCGAGGACUUUGAUGAAGAUGAUCCUUCAUUAUAUUAUCCUCCAGCCUAUUCGUUUGUUUAUAAAAGUAACUAUUCCAAUCGUGUACCUCCAGGACCUUUAGUACCGGGCAUUGUAGUACCACCACCUCCCGAACAAUUUAGCAAAUUAGAGAAGUCACAUAAGGAGAAACGACCUCAAUCGCCAGCAAUUAGAUAUAGAAUUUCUAGUACAACGUCUCCGACACCAACAACUACUACGAUAAGUACUACAACUACCACCACUACCGAGCUACCGUAUAGACAAGUGUUUACAAAAAUAUCGGAAUAUACUCCAAAGAUUAUUAAUAUUGCAAAUCCAUCACCCAGACCUGUUUACACUCCCACACAAUCAACCAGAUUUUCCAUUAGUCCCUCUCCUACACCACCUCCUAGAAAUAUUGAACCUGUACCAGUUCCCGUGGCAGUACCCAUACCCAUUUAUUCCAUCAAUUCAAGUCCCAAUGUUCGUCCCAAUAUUAUUUCAUUUGUUCCCACUACCCCAGAACCCAAUGUCGAAACUCUUUCUAAGGCAAAUCCAAUUUAUUAUGAAUACUUUGAGGCUAAACGACAACAGGGCAGUGCUAACGUUGUUGAUGAUUACGCUCCGACUACUUCGAAACCAAUUACGGUUUCGAAACCCAUUAAACUAUAUGCCACCAGUAAGAGACCAUUUAAAGCCCAAGGUCAUCGCAAUUACUUGCAGCCAGUGCCACCCAAUCAUCGUUAUGUGGAUGACGGUGGAGUGGUUAUAACUCCUAAACCGGAAAUACGCUAUAAAUCAAGACCCAUAUUCAAACAACGACCUUUACAAAACUUUGAGCAGGAAGUCAAUGCUAUACGAGAGACGUUGCGUUAUUAUCAAAAUCAAGAACUACGAGACAAUAAUAUACCCAGAACACCAAAAGCUAAACCGGUAUUUGACUAUAACUAUGAGGGUUCCAAAACGGAAACAGAAGGAGAUGUUAGAAAUCAAUUCCAACCUCCAGUAGAAUAUGAUGGAGAACCCUUCAAACCCAUGGUUACUUAUAGUCCAGCGGUAAAUGAUGAAAAUGCCUUUAGAGCCUUAGGAGUCGACAAAAUUGGUUCCGAUGAAGAUCAACCUCAAGGAAGAGAAGAUUUUGCAGAAGCUCCAAAAUAUCCCACCACAACAUUACUGCCAGUUCAGCCUCAGGGACGUCCUAAAAAGUUAAGAAUAGGUGCCAAAUAUCUGCAACAACCUCCUCAGCAACAGUCGUAUGUAAAUGCUCCUCAAAGACAACCCAGUUGGUUGGCGGUCAAUAAACAAGAAUUUAAUGAAUACGUCCAAGCAGAAAGUCCGCCACAAAGAGAACGUUAUCAGGAUCCCGUACCUCAAGCUGUACCGGUAAUAGCUACUCGCAAUCGAGAAUAUCCCGGCUACUAUUAUAGUCCGGGAAGACAAAAUAAUCGUUUCUAUGAGGAACCCUUUCAAAAUAUACCCUCACGUAAAAUUAUCAAUUAUAGACCACAACAGCAAACCCAACAGCAACAGCCACAACCACUACCGCCUCAACAGCAACAGCCCAUAUGGAGUUUAGAAAAUGAUACAUUGGUAAAUGAGUUGCCCAAUAGACCACCUAUUAAUCCAGAUGCUGAAUUUAUAGAUCCCUACUUGGUGGGCCAUCACUCCAUCAACAACAACUAUCCGUAUCAGCAGCAGCAACAACAACAGCAGCCACCACCACAACAACAAAGAUUAGUUUAUCAACAACAACCUCUACAAAGACCUCCACCACCCAUAUCUCAUCAAUCCCAGUACUAUGCACGUCCCCAAAGAAUACCAGGUAGACAAUACCAACAGCAACUUCAACAACAGCAGCAACAGCUACCUCUUCCACCAUCACCUCCAUUUUCUUUGCAAAACGAUGAAUUGGUCAACUAUAGACAACCCCUACCGCCCAUUAAUCCCGAUAGUGAAUGGAUUACACAUCCUAAUGUGAUACGUAAUCAACAACCACAACAAUUUUUUAGAUCAAAUAAUUAUCGGUUACCGCCACCACCACAACCGGCUGCUCUGCCAAAUGUCGGUGGUGAAGCGGAUGUUUAUUAUUUAUCACCAAAAUAUCGUCGUGCCAAUAAUCUCAAUAACAAUAGCAAUAAUCGUUAUCAACAACAGCAGCAGCAACAACAACAUAAUAAUGGCAAUGUUAGUAAUAAUGGUAAAUAAGUGUAGAAGAAGUCCACUCAUCACUAGAAAGGGCUAAGAUAGAAAUUUUGGAGGAACGGUAACAUAACAUCGAAGAAACUUUGUUGCUGUUUCGAGCAGUGCAUGUCGUAUUAUAAAGACAAUUGAUAAAAUAGUCAAAUUGUAAAGGUUAGAAUCAAUUAGGAUAUAGUCCAGACUAUAGACUAUUCUAGAGUCCAGACUAUAGACUAUUCUAGAGUCCAGACUAUAGACUAUUCUAGAGUCCAGACUAUAGACUAUUCUAUAGUCCAGACUAUAGACUAUUC